CGUCAACAAUAAAGUACGGAUUGAAUAAACUCCACGUUUUCCUAUUGUGGUCGGCAUUGAGUGAAAAGUGAGAGACAAUUGCAAAUCAAGUGAUCAGUGGAUCGGUUGUUGAGCUGAAGAGCGGAUCACAAGUGCAGUCAUUUCGCACCGAAGAUGGUGUCCAUCGUAUCGCAAGUGGACACAAGUCAUGACGAUAUGAUACACGACGCGCAGAUGGACUACUAUGGGACCCGAUUGGCCACCUGUUCCUCAGACAAUACCGUCAAGAUCUUCGAGUUGGCUAAUGGGCAGCAGAAACUGUUGACCACUCUUAUCGGCCAUACGGGACCCGUUUGGCAGUUGGGUUGGGCUCAUCCCAAGUACGCCAACCUUCUGGCCUCCUGUAGCUAUGAUAAGCGUGUCUUCAUCUGGAAGGAGGUGUCCGCCAAUCACUGGGAACGGGUCUACGAACACCUCAACCACGACUCCAGCGUUAACUCUGUCUGUUGGGCGCCUCAAGAGUUCGGUCUUAUGCUGGUCUGCGGCUCGUCCGACGGCUCCAUCUCUGUCCUCUCGAGUCAAGGCGAUGGCAUUUGGGACGCGAAGAAGAUCAGUAACGCCCACUCUAUCGGGUGUAAUGCCGUGAGUUGGGCGCCGGCCAUACCUGUGUUGGCCGCGGGCGGCGGUCAGGACGGGUCGAGUCGCCAACUGGUGAAGCGGUUUGUUUCGGGCGGUUGUGAUAAUUUGGUGAAGAUUUGGAAGUUUGACGAAUCGGAAGAGAAGUGGACAGAAGAGCAGCGACUGGAGGCCCACUCGGAUUGGGUGCGAGACGUGGCGUGGGCUCCGAGUAUAGGCCUCCCGAAGAGCUAUAUCGCCAGCUGUUCUCAGGACCGACGGGUCAUCAUUUGGACGAAUACUAUGGACGGACCGAACUCUUCGAACUGGAGUUAUAAGAUAUUGCAUACGUUUGAUGAUGUCGUUUGGCACGUCUCGUGGUCAGUGAUGGCCAACAUUCUGGCCGUUUCUGGCGGUGACAACAAAGUGAGUCUCUGGAAGGAGAACUUCGACACCAAUUGGAUUUGCAUAAGCGAUAUGACCGGCAAUAAGAAUAACUGAUCCCAUACUCUAAUCACAUGGUAUUUGUUCCGUUAGUCUUUGAGUGUAUUCUUCGUCACUCAAUUGUAUCUCAUUUGUCAUCUGAUUGUAUAUCAACUCAAGUGUCUGCCAAUGGCUUUGAUUGGCGUUUAAUUGAUUUACAAAAUGUUGAGUAAAUUUAUUGAAUCAUUCAAUAGUUUUAAUGUAAAUGUAAUAUAAUUUUUAAUAACUUAUAAUAAGCGAGAAAUGCGUUGAAAUACAUAAAGAACUUAAUUAAUAAAUUUGUAUUGAUUUCAUUUGUACCGCACUUUUAAACAAUUACUGUUAAAAUAAAACUAAUUUUAAAUGGUAUUUAAA